CAAAAAUUCUAGAUCUAACAAUAGUAAUAUUAGUAACAAUAGCAAUAAUAACAACAAUAAUAAUAGUAAUAAUAGUAACAAUAGCAAUAGUAUUAAUAAUAGUAACAACAAUAAUAAUAGUAAUAAUAGCAAUAAUAGUAACAAUAGCAACAAUAGUAACAAUGGUAAUAACAGUAAUAAUAGUAAUAAUG